GCCGAGGUGUGUGCGCGCGCGCUGCCCUCCCUUCCCCUCCCGGCCCUUGUUUUUGGGGUCGUGCGCGAGAGCGGAGGCGGGGUGGGCAAGAUCCCUCGGGGGCUGCGCGGCAAGCAAACCGGAGGACCCCCCCCCCUGGCCGGGAGCCGCCGUUGCGCAUUUGGAGAGCCCCAGCAAAGCGCGCGCCGCCAACCGGGCAGCAUCGUGUGCGGGCUUCGCGGUGGCGGCGGCGACGACACCCCCUCCCUCCUUUCCCAUCUCUCUCUCUCCAUCCCCCCCUCCGAUGCACAAGCGAGGUCCAUCCUCUCCCGCACGUCGGCGAUGACUUCAGCGUCCGCCCGCCGCCUCCGGAGCUGCCCCGGGCAGCCCUGCCGGGAGAAGAUGCUCCCCGCUCCCUGCGCGCCGAGGCACAAGGCGAGCGGCGCCCGCUGCUUCCCCGGAGCCGGCGCUGGGCUUCACCCACCAUGGACUUCAAGCUUCUAAUGGGAGGUGUUUGAUUCUGAGGUGCCGGAACCGCAGAGUGUUGCUUCCUGUGAGGAUGAACCUGACGGGCUGGGCUGAGGCGAAGUGGACAGACCGCUCCAAUUCCUCCGCACAGCCGCCGCCGCCACACCCUCGGGGCAGCAAUGACACCUUUUCCUUCCAAGGAGACCUCCAAGACAUCAUCCACACAGCCACCUUGGUGACGUGCACCCUCCUGUUGGCCGUCAUCUUCUGCCUGGGCUCCUACGGCAACCUCAUCGUCUUCCUGUCCUUCUUCGACCCGGCCUUCCGGAAGUUCCGCACCAACUUUGACUUCAUGAUCCUCAACCUGUCCUUCUGCGACCUCUUCAUCUGCGGAGUGACCGCCCCCAUGUUCACCUUCGCCCUGUUCCUGGACUCGGCGGCGGGCAUCCCUGACGCUUUCUGCUUCACCUUCCACCUCACCAGCUCCGGUUUCAUCAUCAUGUCCCUCAAGACGGUGGCCGUCAUCGCCCUUCACCGGCUCCGCAUGGUCUUGGGCAAGCAGCCCAACCGGACGGCCUCUUUCCCUUGCACCCUUUUGCUGACCUUGGCCUUGUGGUCCAUGAGCUUCACCCUCGCGACACUGGCCACCAUGAGGACCCAGAAAUCCCGCCUCUGCCUCCCCAUCUCCAGCCUGGUCAUCGGCGAGGGGAAGGUGGUCCCUUACCUGUACGUCAUCGACUUCAUCUGCUGCGUGGCGGUGGUGUCCGUCUCCUACAUCAUGAUCGCCCAGGCCUUGAGGAAGAACGCCCAGGUGCGCAAAUGUCCCCCCAUCAUCACAGUCGAUGCAUCCAGGCCUCCGCCGUUGAUCGGACCCCUUGCUGCUGGGUGCGCUGACGGCGUGCAGUGCGCCGUGCCCGCCCUCUACAGAAACCAAAACUACAACAAGCUGCAGCACAUCCAAACCCACGCGUACACAAAGAACCUCAGCCAGCUGCCUGCAACUGCGGCCAGCAAGUUCCAGCUGGUGUCGACCGUGAACUUGUCGACAGCCAAGGACUCGAAGGCCGUGGUGACGUGUGUCGUCAUUGUCCUCUCUGUGUUAGUCUGCUGCCUGCCUCUCGGCAUCUCCCUGGUGCAGGACGUUCUGUCCCGGAACAGCGGCUUCAUCCUCUACCAGUUCGAACUGUGUGGGUUCACCCUCAUCUUCUUCAAGUCCGGGCUGAACCCUUUCAUAUAUUCCCGGAACAGCGCAGGGCUGAGGAGGAGGGUCCUUUGGUGCCUCCAGUACUUCGCCCUCGUCUUCUUCUGCUGCAAGCAGAAGACGCGGCUCCGUGCCGUGGGGAAAGGGAGCCUGGAGGCCAACCGCAACAAGUCGUCCCACCACGAGACCAACUCCGCUUACAUGCUGUCUCCGAAGCCUCAAAAGAAGUUUGUGGACCAGGCCUGCGGCCCGAGUCACUCCAAGGAGAGCAUGCUGAGCCCAAAGGCUUCCGCCGGCCGCCAGCAUUACGCGGCCCAGAGCAGCUCUACCCCUAUGAACACUCGCAUCGAACCUUAUUACAGCAUCUAUAACAGCUGCCCUUCCCAGGAGGUGAGCACUCCCAACAGCCUGCAGCCCACAAACUCUCCCUUUGGAUUCGCCAACUCCUACAUCGCCAUGCACUAUCACGCCAUGACGGACGUGGUGAGGGAUUUCGACAGUACUUCUGCUAAGCAGAUACCAGUUCCCUCGGUGUAGCUACCAGGAGCUGAGACUCUUUAAUGUUCGACCACAAGGGCGGCUGACCUUUUUCUUUGUGUGUGUGUGUGUCCGUGUGGCAAAUAUGCCCCUACGGGUCAUCCGAAGCAUGAUAUCGUGCCCCUCUCGUACGCAUCGCAGCAGGGAUAGCCGUGGUGGUGCCCUUCAGAAGCUGGACUACAACUCCCAUCCACACUGGCCCGGGAUGAUGGGAGUUGUAGUCAAGCAACAACUGGUGCGUGCCAGGGUCGCUCUAAGGCGUUUUUGCCUUCAGUCUGCUGAGCAGCUGGUGCACGAAGGGACAGGAGUAGCUAGGCCUCAGCCAGGCUUCUGAGCCCUCCUGUCCCGGCCUGGUUCU